CAUGAAGCUUCUUCUGGAAGGUUUUCAGAUCGUUGCACACAUCUGGGAUGUUUCCUUCUCACUGAUCCAGUUUUUUAACAGACGCUAAAGAUGUCGCAAAUUUAUCUGGGAGUCCACCUGCAGGUUCUUCUGGCUGUGGUUCUGGCUGUGUUCUGCUACUGUCUGGUUCUUUGCUGCAUCUUUUGCUGUCGCAAACAGAAAAAAGACUCCUCUGAGGAAAAAGAGACCAUUUUCCUGCUCCCUCGUCCCGCUGACAGCGUGACUGUGACAUUGACUCAUUCUCAGUGUGCUCAGCCUGGGGAGCAGCAGUAUGAAGAGCUGGACGGGGACGUGUUGGAGUACCUUUCUUUUAAAAGCAGUUCUUCUCCAUCUGAAGAUGACCUCGGCAAUCUCCCGUUCGACCCCAGCCCUUCCGGACCGGCUGAGCGGUUGCAGUCCUCCAGGCCUACCUUCCCAAUGCGUCGCCUCAGUACUCCUGCUCUCCCCUGCUCCCCCAGUAAAGCUUCCACUCAUGGCAGGGCCUCUUUACCUUCCCUCACCAAGCUCAGCUUUGUAUCCAAAUCCCGCCUGGUGAUCGGGAGACGCAGAACUGUUAGUGGGGAAAGUUUGGCUUCCAGUGAGAACAGUCACCUUACUGCUGGUGCUAACAGUCAGCAGGGGGAGCCAUGCCUCCCCCAUUAUGGCUCCCUAUCUGUCUCACUCAAGCCAGCUCCCCUUCUGCACUUUUCCCUCCUCUUUAACUCUGCCUCUGGCACCUUGGUGGUCAACAUCCUGAGACUGUCUGGAGACACUAGAAGGGGAUGGGGGGUGUUUGCUCGUGUCUGCCUUCCUCCACUUCACCCUGUGCCCCAGCAGACAGCCCCACGCCGACGCAGCUUCAAUCAGGACUUCAUUAGCCAGAACUUCUCUCUGGAGGUGGGCUCUGUGGAACAGCUCUGCACAUGUACCCUGAGGCUGGCCGUCUACAGCAGGGAUUUCUCAGGGCUAAGAGAGGCUGCUCUGGGCGAAGUGGAGCUGGCCUGUGACGAGAUAGAGUGGGAGCCUGACUCUAGCAUUACCUACACCAAGCAGCUCAUGCAGAGUCAAAACAAGCUGAAAAAGAGUUUUAGCUAUCGGGAGACUGUUGGACGCAGGAAAAGCUCAGUCGGCAUUCCACGGAUGUUAGGACAACUCUUAAUUUUGCUGCAGUACCAGAGCCUGGCUCAGCGCAUCAAAGUGAUGGUUCGAAAGGCUGAGAAUCUGGUCAAGCUGACACGAAUCCCAGGAACCCCAG